AGACGUCAUUGCAUGUGCACAACCGUUAACCCCUGAUGCACAACAAUCAACAGUACAGUAUAUCAAGAGUUCAUGAACUCUUGAGUAUAUGUACUUACAGGUACGUACGUUGGGCUUGGCUUCUCUGCAAACUGGAUUUAGUGGAAACGUGCAGUAAGGUAUGCAGUGUUUGAUGGAUAAGAGGCCGAUGAAAUCUGUUUCCUCGUCAACUGGACACUAUAAAGAUAAUGGCUCCGAGGAGAGCCAGCCCCUGAUUUCUGGUCAAGUCCAAGUAGACUACAGGGAGACGUCUAGAAAAGAGGGGGCAAAUGAAGUGGCAACUUUCUUCAACUUUGCCAAGGCUAGUAUUGGCUCUGGAAGUUUUGCCUUGUCGUGGGGAAUCUUAAAGACAGGUGUGAUCCUCGGCUCAGCUGGUAUGGUGCUGCUCGGCAUUGCAAGUGUGUACACCAUGCAACUCAUGCUGGACUGCAAACGUUUCAUUGAGAGACGAUCGCCUUCAAAGUCGCUCACCUACACUCAGCUGGGGUGGGAGGCUAUGGGCCCCUUUGGCAAGUGGGCAGUGAAUAUCUCCGUCCUGGGCUGCAACCUGGGCGUGUGUGCAGGGUAUAUGAUCUUUAUCUCAUCUAAUCUUCAAUGGUCCUUUAGUUGUCUGCUGUAUGAGAGUGGGAACGAGACAUGCUUCACCGUAUGGGAAGUGUACGCCAUGAUCCUUCCCAUUCUCAUACUACUCACUUACCUGCCCUCAUUCAAGAUACUGGCAUAUGCAGCUUAUGUGGGUUCCGUCUUCCUUGUAGUUGCCAUGGUGGUAGUGUACGUGUUUGGUGGACAGCAUGGAUUCUGUGCUGUCCAUGACAAUGAAGUGGAGUAUCUCCCCUCAUCUGCCUUGGGUCUGGCGCAGUGGUUUGGAGUCACAGCUUUCCUCUUCUGUGUACACAGUAUGGUGAUACCACUGGAAUCCACAAUGAAAAGACCUAAGAACAUGCCUGUUGUUUUGGAUUCGGCUGCAUUGACUGUUGUAGUGGUCAAUCUGCCCUUUGCUCUCUAUGGCUACCUAAUGUUUGGCAGUGGCACAGAAGGAUACAUAUUUGAGAAUCUCCCUGGGGGUACAUUCAAUGACAUUGUAAGGAUUCUUCUGUCGAUCGAGCUGACUCUCACGUUCCCCAUCGUCAUCAAACCUGCCACUGAUGUUAUGGAGGAGAUACUUCACAAUGUUCUCAUGUACUUUAAAGUUCCAGCAAUUAAGGAUCUCUAUGAAAGCAAGCUGCUGAGCUACCGGAUUGGACGAACUGUCAUGGUUUGUGCUCUGCGUACUAUAUUGGUCCUCGUUUCCUGGGGAGUGGCUGUUGGUAUUCCUCGCUUUGAACUGUGUCUGGCCCUAGUUGGUAGCCUGGCAACAACUGUCCUUGCCUUUGUGCUCCCUCCUAUGUUUCACCUUGCACUGAAGUGGCGCCACACUCACAUCUUUGUCAAUGUGUUCCACAUUGUGCUCCUGGCGUGUGGCAUUAUGGCCACUCUGCUGGCAACUAGCAUUAAUCUCUACAUGGCCAUUAUUGGUGGUGCUAACAAUAAUACCUGUGGGGCCAUUCACUCCCAGUGCCAAUCUUCAACGACUGAAAAUUGUGUAUCUCAUGUUGGCAGUGAUAAUGCGAGCUACACGUACAAUAUUCUUUGAACUGUUUUAAUGCCAUUUCUGUGUUGUUAGUUUAUGUAUGCCUCUAAUAAUGCAUUAUUCACUGUGCUGUUACAAUGUUGUGUUCCCUAGCUAUUGUGCUAAAUUGUUUUGUAGUAUGUACACAUAAUGAUCACAUGUUCAAUUAAGCAUAUUCAUGUACCACAUGAUUAUUAAUGUAGUUGUAAUCAA